CUGCUCGUGCUGCUGGCGGCGGCGGCGGCGGGGCCGGGCGGCGGCGGCGCGGCGCGGCUGUACCGCGCGGGCGAGGACGCCGUGUGGGUGCUGGACAGCGGCAGCGUGCGCGGGGCCACGGCCAACAGCUCGGCCGCGUGGCUCGUGCAGUUCUACUCGUCGUGGUGCGGCCACUGCAUCGGCUACGCACCCACCUGGCGGGCCCUGGCCGCGGACGUGCGAGAUUGGGCCACCGCCAUCCGCGUGGCUGCUCUGGACUGUGCGGAAGAAAAGAACCAGGAAGUGUGCCGCGCCUACGACGUCCACUUCUACCCCACCUUCAGGUAUUUUAAAGCAUUUACAAAGGAGUUUACAACUGGAGAAAAUUUUAAAGGACCCAACAGAGAGCUGCAGACGGUCAGACACACGAUGAUUGACUUCCUGCAGAACCACACGGAGGGGAGCCGGCCUCCGGCAUGCCCGCCUCUGGACCCAGUUCCGCCCAGUGACAUUCUUUCUCUCAUUGACAACCGUGGUGGCCGUUAUGUGGCUAUUUUAUUUGAAAGCAACAGCUCCUACCUUGGACGAGAGGUGAUUUUAGACUUGAUUCUGUAUGAAAACAUCGUGGUGACCAGAGCACUGGAUGCAGAUAAAGCUCUUCUGGAGAACCUUGGUGUUUCUUCAGUCCCUGCAUGUUAUUUGAUCCACCCAAACGGAUCACACGGAUUAAUCAACAUUGUGAAGCCUCUCCGAUCGUUCUUUUCCUCGUAUUUGAAGUCACUGCCAGAUGUGAGGAAAAAGUCACUUUUCUUGCCCGAAAAGCCAAACAAAGAAGAAAAUUCCGAAACGGUAGUUUGGAGAGAAUUCGACAAGUCCAAGCUGUACACGGCUGACCUGGAGUCGGGCCUGCACUACCUGCUGAGGGUGGAGCUGGCGGCCCACAAGUCUCUGGCGGGAGCGGAGCUGAAGACACUCAAGGACUUCGUCACCGUCGUUGCCAGGUUGUUCCCAGGCCGACCGCCGGUCAGGAAGCUGUUGGAGACGCUGCAGGAGUGGCUGGCCAGCCUUCCCCUGGACAGCAUCCCUUACAACGCCAUCCUCGACCUGGUCAACAACAAGAUGCGGAUUUCUGGAAUAUUCCUUACUAAUCACAUAAACUGGGUUGGAUGUCAAGGAAGCCGACCUGAGUGGAGGGGUUACCCAUGCUCACUCUGGAAAUUAUUCCACACUUUGACCGUUCGAGCCUCAACCCACCCCAAAGCCCUGGCUGGCACAGGCUUUGAGGACGACCCCCAGGCGGUGCUGCAGGCCGUGCGCAGGUACGUGCGCACCUUCUUUGGCUGUAGAGAGUGUGGGGAGCACUUCGAGGAGAUGGCCACGGAGUCCCUGGACUCGGUGAAGACCCCGGACCAGGCAGUUCUCUGGCUUUGGAAGAAGCACAACGUCGUCAACGGCCGCCUGGCUGGCCACCUGAGUGAGGACCCCAAGUUCCCAAAGGUUCCGUGGCCCACUCCAGACCUCUGCCCUGCCUGCCAUGAGGAAAUUAAGGGCCUGGACAGCUGGGAUGAAGGCCACGUGCUCAUGUUCCUGAAGAGGCACUACAGCCGCAGCAACCUCGUGGACACGUACUCUGUGGACCACGGAGACCCUGGUGCAGGGGGAGCCCCGGCCCGGGGUGAGGAGGAGGAGAAAGGACUCACUCCCCCAGAGAAGGCCCGUGGAGGCCACGAUCCCAAGAGCCUUCCUCCGCCCAGUGUGCUGGGUCCCGGACCCCGCCUGUCGGAGAGCUUGCGCCACAGGCUGGACGUAAAACGCCAGGACCCGCACGCGUCUGGCAUCCGCAAGGAAGCCGAGGCAGCCGUGCCCUUCCUCGGGGUCGGCUUCUCCAGCCUGGACAUGAGUCUGUGCGUCGUGCUGUACGUGGCCUCGUCCUUGUUCCUCAUGGUGAUGUACUUUUUCUUCCGGGUGAGAUCCAAGCGAUGGAAAGUCAAGCAUUACCACCCGGCCGUGUAGCGCCUCCCCAGCAGCGUUAGCAAGAUGGUGGACGCGCCUUUGGAAAACAGCCCUGCCCCCGUGCCGCCUGCAGCUUUAACACUUAUGAUCAGGGAUCUUACAAACACGCCAGACCUGGUUUCACAUCAGAUAGCACCUCUCUCGGCUUCCAGGUCCUCGUUUUACAAACGCUCUUCUGGGGAGAGAAGGACUCCGGGUGUUCUUGCGCGAAUAUUUGCAUUCCUGCUCCUUUGCGGAUCCUACGGCAAAAAGACUCCUGUGUUUCUACUUUCGCAGACCUAAGACAGAGGUGGGGAGCCCAGGCCCGACGCUGUUCCCCACCAGCUGGACUGGACUGAGCGCCUCAUCUGUCAAGGCCUUGCUUUUGUAUUGGGGGAAAAACCUACCUCCCCCACCCAGGCUGCUCUUGGUGACAGGACAGAGCCGGGAGCACAGGCGGCCUCCCAGACGCUCUCUGGGCCUCGGCCCCUCGGAGCAAGCACGGUCCUCAGUGACUUGCCUGUGCCGUGUGCUUUUCAGCUGCUUGGUGGCUUCUGCUUCAGCAGGGGGACACUUCGGGGGGCUUAGGGAGCUCAGAUCCAGAGAGGAAGGUGUCUUAGUUUCCCGCGCUGCACAGGUGGUUGUCGCUCCAAGGGAGGCUUGACUGUGCCAGGCCAGGAGGAGCCAGUGAGUCUGUGGCUUUGCUGCAUUUCAAGAAAUAACCCCAGAGGCCUUACGGAGGGCACUGACGGUGAGGACGGUGGCCCGUUUUAUUCCUCGAAGGCAGUGCCUUUGUUUGCUAAUCUGGGGAGCAGAUGAGGGCCGUCCCAGUCUGCCCGUCCUGCGGGAGGGGUGGUGAGGAGCGGUCUGCUCUGCUCAGUGCAGUCCCCAGGGAGGCGUCUCCCCAGGAGCCCUUUGUUGGCUGUUCUUCAUCUGUCACCCUGGGAGCGACCUGCAGGUCCGGUGGCCGCACAUGCCUCCCUCUGGGCGCCGGUGCCCGGUGCCAGGCUUUGCUCUCAGAAGCUGUUUGGGGAGGGUCCCCACGCAGGCACCAGCCUCCCGGGCUUAGGCCAUGUUUUCUUUACCAUUUAAUUUAAACAUGUUGUUCUAAAACCCAAAACAUUUAGUGGUAAAUUUGCCUCUGAAGACUUAAACAAACAAAACAAAUAUACUAUUUCUGGGAACAUUUAUACUGAGAAUCUCUGUGGCUGUUGGCUUGUCUCUUAAGCUUCAUUGUAUUUGGAUAAAACAGGCUCAUAUGUAUUUGUCUACCUGUGUGUAUGUGUAUGUGUGUGUGUGUGUGUGUGUGUGAGAGAG